AUGCUCGUUCACGCCGAGCUAACUGCGCACGUGCCAGGCGAAACUCAGCAUCACCACCACAACAACAAUGGAUCGCCUGUACCUCAGCUGUCGCAGUUUGACCCUCGAGCCCUGCUGAAUCCAAAGAGUGCAAAUCCUAAGCGGCCCGCCUCAUCUGGUGCAGACACUGACCGCGGCCGCACCGAAGCCAGCAACGGCGGCCAAGUCUCACUUGUCGAACGCUUGCACAACGUUCAAGAGCGCACGGCGGCGCCUGCAAAGCGAGUCAAGACCGAAGACCCACAACGGAAGCCUCAAAGCAGACCGACCUUUGCUGCCGGAAGCGCGCUUGAUCUGCAAAAUCAAAACAGCCCUGCUGCACACCCGCCUCCGCAAAGGCCGCCCAUUGACCUAACCAUGAGUGACGACGAUGAGGAAGUCCAGGUCGUUCGCGACAAUGGAGACGACGACGUCUGCAUCGGCAAGGUCAAGCAGACUUACAUUCAAGCUCACCUCGUGCCUUUUCCUGAUCCCAAGAAGUUCACUGGCAACCACGGCGGUCAAAGCCGAAUCAAGGUCAGUUUCCGCAGGGGUGGCGGCAACAAGGGCAACCAAAUCAUCAUGGUUCUGGACGGCAUGGGCAAAGAGUUUGGUCGGGUCGACAUGAAGACAGCACAAGGACUUACUCCUUUGAUCGACAGCGCCAAUACGAACGGCCUCAAGUGGCUGGCUUGGACAGAACCGCGUCGAAAGCAACCAGGUGAAGGCCCGCCCGGCAGCCAGUCGUCUGCCCUGAUUACUAUGACGCUGCAGCUGUACUGUCCACGCCGAAUGGCCGAUAACCUCGGCAAGUUUCUCAAGAGCAAAGGCCUCAUUCUCGAGGCCCCCGUGUUUGAGCUCGCGCGUCAUGACUACUACAACCCGCAAACCAAAGAUGGCUUUCAGAAGACGCAGGUUUCACAGCAUGGUUUUCAGAUGCCUUCUCAGUACCCUACCAUGAGCAACUACGUGGUCCGCAGUGUCGAUGAGAUUCGCCAGGAUGUAGACGAUGUCUUUGACACGGUCGUCACCAGCUCUGAAGCGUUGCCAGCCCGUGAGCCAUCGAACCUUAUCAAGACUGGAUUGUAUCCACAUCAAAAGCAAGCGCUUCAUUUCAUGGUCGAGCAUGAAAAGGAUCACACUGCCCAAGACUUGAAUCGGCGAAGAGAUCCCAUGUGGACGACCAAGACGCAUGACAAUGGUCGCAUCUCAUACGUACAUAUCAUCACUGGCGAAAAGCAAGCGCAGAAACCACGCCCAAGCUUGGGAGGUAUAUUGGCUGACGAGAUGGGACUCGGAAAGACGCUUAGUGUCCUGUCUCUCAUCUGUGACGACGAAUCCAUUGCUGCAGCACAAGUCUUUUGCCAAAAGAGGCCUCCUCCGCGACCCCUUCCUGCAAUGAUCCAGCCUAUGAUCAACACUCGUGCGACGCUGCUUGUAUGUCCGCUAAGUACAAUGACUAAUUGGAAGGAACAAAUCAAGGAACAUUUCCCAGAAGGCAGCGCAUUGAAGUGGACGCGGUACCAUGGAGCUGAACGAUUCACCAUGACGCCCGAGAAGCUGGCGGACCAUGACAUCGUCUUGACUACGUACCAUAUCAUCGCCAAGGAUAUCAUGGAUAAGAAACGUGCCUUGCCGUAUCUCCACUGGUUCCGUAUUGUGCUGGACGAAGCCCACACCAUCCGAAACCCAACAAACCAAUCCAAGGCUGCCUGCAAUAUGAUGGGCCAGCGACGAUGGGCUGUUACUGGUACGCCAGUCCAGAACCGACUUGAGGAUCUUGGCGCACUGUUCAAUUUCAUCAAGCUAAAGCCCUUUGACACACCCUCGGGCUUCAACGCGCACAUUCUCAAUCCCUUCAAGAACGCCGAUCCUAACGUGGUCAAGCGACUGCAGCUCCUCGUGAGUACGGUGACAAUCCGCCGCACAAAAGAGAUAAUCAAGGAUGAGGUGCCGAAGAAGAUUGACUAUGUCAUCAAGCUACAGUUUUCCAAGGAAGAGAGGCAGUUGCAUGAUUGGUUUGAGAAGGAUACGCAGCGCAAGGUGCUCGCUGUGACCCAUGGUGACAAGAUGGGCGGCAAGUCGUACGCGCGUAUUCUUACGGCCAUCCUCAACCUACGCCUGAUCUGCGCCCACGGUCGCGACUUGCUGAGCGAAGAAGCCUUGAAGACUACAGACGGCAUGACGUACGAGCAGCCCAUGGAAAUCGAGGAAGAUGGCCAGGAGAUGCCCCAGCUCACGCGUCAACAAGCAUAUGAGAUGCUCAACCUCCUCGAGUCUACAAGCGCAGCCGACUGUCUCUACUGCCCUGGAAAGAAGUCAAUAUUGGACGGCGAUGCAGAUGAUGAGGACGAAGAAGGAAAUGCGCAGGACACUAUGGGAUUCAUGACUACGUGUUACCACCUCGUCUGUCCGCGCCAUGUGAAGAAGCUCCGCGAUCAGUGGAAGGAUCUUGUCCAACACGAUGGGUUUGUUCGCUGCCAUGUUUGCGACGAUAUCAACCGGCCAUCUGUACUCGAACUAAAGCGAGCCGACUUCCUCGCUUACCUUGAGGAGCAAGACCGUAUCCGCAAAGACCCCAAGUUGGCCAAGAAGGUGGGUAGCUAUACCGGUCCGCACACAAAGACCAAGGCGCUUCUCAACGAUCUUGAUGAAUUCAGGCGCUGGAGCGAUGCGCAUCCCGACGAGCGACCUAUCAAGAGCGUCGUCUUCUCCUCGUGGACAACUCACCUCGACCUGAUAGAAAUCGCACUCAAGACCGCUGGCCACACACUCGUCCGCCUCGAUGGCCGCAUGAGCCGCGAUGCGCGCGACAAGUCUAUGGCGGCACUACGCAACGAUCCCUCUGUGCGCGUCAUGCUCGUUUCCAUCGGCGCCGGUGGCCUCGGCCUUAACCUCACAACCGCAAACAAAGUUUUCAUGAUGGAACCGCAAUUCAAUCCCGCAGCGGAAGCGCAGGCCGUCGACCGCGUGCACCGUCUCGGCCAGGACAGAGAAGUCAUGAUCAAGCGCUUCAUCAUGCAGGACAGCUUCGAGGAGAAGAUGCUCGUGCUGCAGGAGAAGAAGAAGGCCCUUGCUGACUUGACAAUGGCCAGGGAGCGUAAGAGCAAGGAGGAAGCGACCAAGCAGCGACUCGAGGAACUUCGAAGCCUAUUCAGAUAAUUCCCUGGAGUCACAAGAGCUGCUUGACGUGGUUUUGAUGGCGUUUGAUGGCGUUGAACGGCUGUGCCGGGUCGCUGGGAUGUGCGUGUGUAUGCGUGUGUAUGUGUGCUUGGGGGGAUGAGAAAAGCGUUUUGCGGGAGUCAAAACACGAUGAACACACACACACAGAGACAGAGAGAGAGAGGAGAGAGAGACAGAGUUUCUGGUGGUACUUACCUUGCCUGUGCCUCUUUGCCCCAACCAACCAACCAACCAAUCAAUUACGAGAAAG